UUGACUGAGCUCCACCACCUGAACAAUUUGCUAGUGAGAGGUUUGGGCAGUGGGAAGAAGAUGGCAAAUAUUCACCUCAUAGUCUCCUUUUGUCUGCUGGGAGCUUGUCUUGGUACCGAAAAUACAGUCUUCAUCGGGAACAAAGAGGCAAACUCGGUUCUGCAGAGGCUAAGGCGAGCCAAUUCAAACAGACUGGAAGAGGUUAUCCCUGGGAACCUCGAGAGAGAAUGCAUAGAAGAGAAAUGCAGCUUUGAAGAAGCCCGAGAAGUGUUUGAAAACACAGAGAAAACAAUGGAGUUUUGGAAUACAUAUAUUGAUGGAGACCAAUGUGACCCCAAUCCAUGCAAAAACGGAGCCAUUUGCAAGGAUGGAGUAAGUUCCUAUGUGUGCUGGUGCCCAGCUGGGUAUGAAGGCAGAAACUGUGAGAUAGACUUCACUUGUGCUAUUAAGAAUGGAGGCUGCAAGCACUUCUGCAGGCAUGACCCACCGCAGAAAGUUGUGUGUUCCUGUGCUGAUGGCUAUAAACUUCAUGAAGAUGGAAAGUCCUGUGAACCUGCAGUACCAUACCCCUGUGGGAAGAUCACGGCUCCGGAGGCAAAGAGCAAGCUCACCCGAGCCAUAAACACCUUUGAGAACUGGAACAUCACCUUUGAUGAUGACAAUAAUGAUCAAGAUGAGGUGCUGGACAACAUCACAGAAACCAGCACUGCUGCCCCCACAAAAAUCAUACCAAUCAUGAAGACAGGCACACGGAUUGUGGGUGGAACAGACAGCAUGAGAGGCGAGGUGCCUUGGCAGGUUCAUCUGGUGAACAGCCACGGUGUGGGCUUCUGUGGUGCAUCCAUCAUCAAUGAGAAAUGGUUAGUGACAGCAGCCCACUGCCUGGAGCCAGGCGACGAUGUCACUGCCGUGGCAGGCGAGUACAACACUAACGAGGAAGACAAUACGGAGCAGUGGCGGAAGGUGGUAAAAGUCCUUCCCCACCCCACGUACGAUGCCAGGAUCAACAAGCACCACAACGACAUCGCCCUGCUGGAGCUGGACCGGCCGCUCAGAUUCAACAGCUACGUGACUCCCAUCUGCAUCGGCAACCGGGAGUUCACCAACACGCUGCUGAAGCACGGCACGGGCACGGUCAGCGGCUGGGGCAGCACCCUCUUCCGCGGCCGCCCCGCCACCAUCCUCCAGGUCCUCAAGGUGCCCUACGUGGACCGCCCCACCUGCCUCAAGAGUUCCUCCACCACCAUCCUGCAGAACAUGUUCUGUGCAGGCUUCGCGGCUGGGGGCAGCGACACCUGCGGGGGGGACAGCGGAGGGCCAUACACCAGCGAGAUCGAGGGCACCUGGUUUCUCACGGGGAUCACCAGCUGGGGCGAGGAAUGUGCCAAGCCAGGUAAAUAUGGAGUCUACACCAGGGUCUCCAAGUACCUGAAAUGGAUACAGGAGAUGACGAGGCUCACCUAACCCGCAGGUGGUGCCAGCGCGCCGGGGGGUGGACUGAUUAGCUCA